GGCUGGUUUGGUGAUCCCUUUAAGAAACCGCAGGCGGAGGAAUUUCUCUGAGAGAAAAUAAUCCUACUCACGGGGCCCCUUGGAGGCCAUUAACCCCCCGAGUCCCGGCCCCCCCUUUCCCGGGCAGGCCCUACCGCCCACGCGCGCACCCGUGGGAUCUCAGGCUCUCAGACCCGGCGCGCGGCAUCCGCCCCCUCCCCACUCUCAGCGGCAGGCCCGGUCGGGUCCGGGGAAGCUGCCGCGAGGCGGCCGUGCCUGCAGUGUGGGCGGGGGCCGGGGGCCCGAGAGGUUCCGCCGCCACCGCGCCGGGAGCCGCAGCGGUUCCGAGCGGGGCCCAACAUGGCGGAGAGAGAGGUGGAGUCCGGCCCCCGAAAGAGGUUACUCACAGUCAACCGCGGUCCUUCCAGAAGUAGAUGAUCCUCCUCCUGUUGUAUUGUCGGAAGGAACAUCGUGAUCAAUUAGCCACUGCCAAAGAUCCCUGCGGGCCAAAGCAUUCUGAUUACCGUUUGAGCAGAAAACUGGUGCAGUUUUUGAUGAAAUUGUAGAGAACUGUGGUGGUAUCAUGGAUACAGAAAUGUCUGAAGAUAUAGACCACAACUUAACUCCUACCCUUGACAGCAUGUCUUAUGGAAUGCCGAAUCAAACAGGAUCUGAAAAUUCAUUGCUGGAUGAAGAUGAUUAUUUUUUGAACUCUGGGGAUCUUGCAGGAAUUCCAGUCGUUGGUAGUGACAAUGAGGAUGAACAGGAUUUUAGUUCAAAGGACAAUCUUGUUUCUUCAAUUCAUACUGAUGAUAGCUUGGAAGUAGAGAGAAGAGUCACACAGCAUGAAUCAGACAAUGAAAAUGAAAUACAGAUUCAAAAUAAAGUAAAAAAAGACUUUCCUAAGCAGUUUGAUCAGGUUUCUGUCUUUAAAUCAAUACGGAAAGAUUUUAGUCUAGUAAGAGAAAGCAGCAAAGAGACAUUUUCUGGAAAGGAGAAAAAUAGAGACCUAACUUAUGAACGUGAAAAACGGUUGGAUAAACCCCAUAAAGAGUUGGAUUCAAGGUUGAAAAGCAGUUUUUUUGAUAAAGCAGCUAAUCAAGUUGAAGAAACAUUACAUACCCAUUUACCACAAACCCCAGAAACAAACUUUAGGGAUUCCAGCUAUCCAUUUGCCAAUAAAGAAUCCAUUGGUUCGGAACUGGGGAAUUCCUUUGCAUCAAAUAUUAGAAUUAAAGAAGAACCUUUGGAUGAUGAGUAUGACAAAGCAAUGGCACCACAGCAGGGACUACUAGACAAAAUUAAAGAUGAACCUGACAAUGCUCAAUACAUAUUAAAGAAAUUAGAAGAAAUAAUGGAAAAGGGGAGACAAAAUUGUCAUCGUUUGCUGGAGUAUAGUCAUGGCCAACAGCAAAAAACUCAAGAAGGGGAACUGAAAAUUAGUGCUGUGUUUUCAGUCAGUGGCAGUCCUCUUGCUCCACAGUUGACUACUGGCUUUCAGCCUUCACUGGCGUCAUCUGGCAUGAAUAAAAUGCUUCCUUCAGUUCCAGCCACAGCUGUUCGAGUUUCCUGUUCUGGUUGUAAAAAAAUCCUCCAGAAGGGGCAGACUGCUUAUCAGAGGAAGGGGUCGACUCAGCUCUUCUGUUCCACCUUGUGCCUCACAGGAUAUACAGUUCCCCCUGCCCGCCCACCACCUCCUCCCACCAAGAAAACUUGUUCAAGUUGCUCAAAGGACAUUUUAAAUCCCAAGGAUGUAAUCAGUGCCCAGUUUGAAAAUACCACAGCUAGUAAAGAUUUUUGCAGUCAGUCAUGUCUGUCAACAUACGAACUGAAAAGGAAACCUGUUGUCACCAUAAACACGAAUAGCAUUUCAACCAAAUGCAGCAUGUGUCAGAAGAAUGCUGUUAUUCGACAUGAAGUUAAUUACCAGAAUGUGGUACAUAAACUUUGCAGUGACGCCUGCUUCUCUAAGUUUCGCUCUGCCAACAACCUCACCAUGAACUGCUGUGAAAACUGUGGUGGCUACUGCUAUACUAGCUCUGGACAGUGCCAUGUGCUCCAGAUAGAGGGCCAGUCUAAGAAGUUCUGUAGUUCAGCGUGUGUCACCGCGUAUAAGCAGAAAUCAGCCAAAAUUACACCAUGUGCGCUUUGCAAAUCAUUGAGAUCCUCAGCAGAAAUGAUUGAAAAUACCAAUAGCUUGGGAAAGACAGAGCUUUUCUGUUCUGUUAAUUGCUUAUCUGCUUACAGAGUUAAAAUGGUUACAUCUGCAGGUGUACAAGUUCAGUGUAACAGUUGUAAAACCUCAGCAAUCCCCCAGUAUCACCUAGCCAUGUCAGAUGGAAGUAUACGCAACUUCUGCAGCUACAGUUGUGUGGUGGCUUUCCAGAAUUUGUUCAACAAACCAACAGGAAUGAAUUCUUCAGUAGUGCCCUUGUCUCAGGGCCAAGUGAUUGUAAGCAUCCCCACAGGUUCAGCAGUGGCAGCCGGCGGGAGUAACACCUCCGCUGUCUCCCCCACCUCCAUCAGUAGCUCUGCUGCAGCUGGCCUCCAGCGUCUUGCUGCCCAGUCCCAGCACGUUGGGUUUGCGCGAAGUGUUGUGAAACUCAAGUGUCAGCACUGUAACCGUCUUUUUGCCACAAAACCAGAACUUCUUGACUAUAAGGGUAAAAUGUUUCAGUUCUGUGGCAAGAAUUGUUCUGAUGAAUAUAAGAAAAUAAAUAAUGUAAUGGCAAUGUGUGAAUAUUGUAAAAUUGAGAAAAUAGUAAAGGAGACUGUACGAUUCUCAGGUGCUGACAAGUCAUUCUGUAGUGAAGGUUGCAAAUUGCUUUAUAAACACGACUUGGCGAAACGCUGGGGAAAUCACUGUAAAAUGUGCAGUUAUUGUUUACAGACAUCUCCCAAAUUGGUACAGAAUAAUUUGGGGGGGAAAGUAGAAGAGUUCUGUUGUGAAGAAUGCAUGUCAAAAUAUACAGUUCUAUUCUAUCAGAUGGCCAAAUGUGAUGGUUGUAAGCGACAGGGUAAACUCAGUGAGUCCUUGAAAUGGCGAGGAGAAAUGAAACAUUUCUGUAACCUGCUUUGUAUCUUGAUGUUCUGUAAUCAGCAAAGUAUGUGUGACCCACCUUCACAAAACAAUGCAGCAAGUCUUUCCAUGGUGCCAGCUGCUUCAGCAGGGCCCCCAUCCCUAAGGAAAGAUUCUACUCCGGUUAUAGCUAAUGUGGUUUCAUUAGCCAGUGCUCCUGCUGCUCAGCCCACAGUGAAUUCUAACAGUGUCUUACAAGGUGCAGUUCCAACAGUAACAGCGAAAAUCAUUGGGGAUGCAAGUACACAAACAGAUGCCCUGAAGCUGCCACCUUCCCAGCCCCCAAGACUUCUGAAGAAUAAAGCUUUAUUGUGUAAACCCAUCACACAGACUAAAGCCACCUCUUGCAAACCACAUACCCAAAACAAAGAAUGCCAGACAGAGGACACUCCGAGUCAGCCCCAGAUCAUUGUGGUGCCAGUUCCUGUACCAGUGUUUGUGCCCAUACCUCUUCACCUGUAUACUCAGUAUGCACCGGUCCCAUUUGGAAUUCCAGUUCCUAUGCCUGUCCCUAUGCUUAUUCCAUCGUCAAUGGAUAAUGAAGAUAAAGUCACCGAAAGUAUUGAAGACAUUAAGGAGAAGCUUCCUUCACAUCCGUUUGAAGCUGAUCUCCUUGAGAUGGCAGAAAUGAUUGCAGAAGAUGAAGAGAAGGAGAAGACCCUGUCCCAGGGAGGAUCCCAAACUUCUGAACAAGAGCUCUUUUUAGACACCAAGAUUUUUGAAAAAGACCAAGGAAGUACAUACAGUGGUGAUCUUGAAUCAGAGGCAGUAUCUACGCCACAUAGCUGGGAGGAAGAGUUGAAUCAUUAUGCCUUAAAGUCAAAUGCUGUGCAGGAGGCUGAUUCAGAAUUGAAGCAGUUCUCCAAAGGGGAAACUGAGCAGGAUCUGGAAGCAGAUUUUCCAUCAGAAUCCUUUGACCCACUGAAUAAAGGACAGGGAAUCCAGGCACGUUCCCGAACAAGACGACGGCACAGAGAUGGAUUCCCUCAGCCCAGACGAAGAGGACGGAAGAAGUCUAUAGUGGCUGUGGAGCCCAGAAGUCUUAUUCAAGGAGCCUUUCAGGGGUGCUCAGUGUCUGGGAUGACACUGAAAUACAUGUACGGGGUAAAUGCCUGGAAGAACUGGGUUCAGUGGAAAAAUGCCAAGGAAGAGCAGGGUGAUCUGAAAUGUGGCGGUGUUGAACAUGCUGCAUCUAGCCCAUGUUCUGAUCCUUUAGGAAGUGCUCAGGACCAUGCACUCUCUCAAGAGUCCUCAGAGCCAGGCUGUAGAGAUGUUUUCUACCUUUCCAUAGUCCGUUCUAUCAAGCUGAAGGAAGAUAUUCUGUCCUGCACUUUUGCUGAGUUGAGUUUGGGUUUAUGCCAGUUUAUCCAAGAGGUGCGGAGACCAAAUGGUGAAAAAUAUGAUCCAGACAGUAUCUUAUACUUGUGCCUUGGAAUUCAGCAGUACCUGUUUGAAAAUGGUAGAAUAGAUAACAUUUUUACUGAGCCCUAUUCCAGAUUUAUGAUUGAACUUACCAAACUCUUGAAAAUAUGGGAACCUACAAUACUUCCUAAUGGUUACAUGUUCUCUCGCAUUGAAGAAGAGCAUUUGUGGGAAUGCAAACAGCUGGGCGCUUACUCACCAAUUGUUCUCUUGAACACCCUCCUUUUCUUCAAUACCAAAUACUUUCAACUCAAGAAUGUUACUGAGCACUUGAAGCUUUCCUUUGCCCAUGUGAUGAGACGGACCAGGACUCUGAAGUACAGCACCAAGAUGACCUAUCUGAGGUUCUUCCCACCUUUACAAAAGCAGGAGUCAGAACCAGAUAAAUUGGCUAUUGGCAAGAGGAAACGAAAUGAAGAUGAUGAGGCCCCAGUGGGCGUGGAGAUGGCAGAGAAUACCGACAACCCACUAAGAUGCCCAGUCCGACUUUAUGAGUUUUACCUGUCAAAGUGUUCUGAAAGUGUGAAGCAGAGGAAUGAUGUGUUUUACCUGCAACCUGAGCGCUCCUGUGUUCCGAACAGCCCCAUGUGGUACUCCACAUUCCCAAUAGACCCUGGGACCCUGGACACCAUGUUAACACGUAUUCUCAUGGUGAGGGAGGUACACGAAGAACUUGCCAAAGCCAAAUCAGAAGACUCUGAUGUUGAGUUAUCAGAUUAAAACGGACGUGGGGUUCCUAUUUUCAUACACGUGGGUAUGCACCAAACUGUGAAUGCAUCCAGCUUUGGAAAACGAUGUACAAGUCCAAGUCCUCUUGACUUGAUUAUAAGAUAAUGGAAAACAGAUGACUCGUGAACCACAGUGUGGAUGUACAAAUGAAAAUUGAAGGAAAGAAUACGAACCAAGAAAUGUUGUUCUUUGGCAGUGAUAUAGUUCUUAGACAUCUUCAGAAUGACUAACCAAUUUCUCUGAGUGGUGCAUAAUCUUAUUUUGUUUGGGAAUAACAAAUUGUGGAAUAUUUUUAAGGAAAACUGUUGUAUAAAACUCUACCAUAGUAACCUUAGACCUUAGAGAGGUAGCUUUGGAGUAAGACCUUGGCUGCAGUAGGCUACUUGGGCAAGCCCUAUGUGCACGUCAGGGAAGAAGUCAGUGCAGAGCUAAGAGUGACAUCCGAUGAGGACCAUGGGACCCAGACUUGAAGACCCCAUAAAAAUACUCAACUUUUUUUUUUUUUUUAAAGGUAGAGAGUAAAGUGGUCUUGAUUUUGAUUUUCACUGCCAAGCCAAUUCUGUGAAGGAUAGAAGCCUUUGGUGCUUUUGCCAUGGGCCCCUCACAUCAGGGAAAAAGGCCUUCACUGCUGUUCACACAGUAAUGUGUCCCUUUCACUCUCUGGGUCUAGCCUUCUCAGCUGUGGGUCUGUCUGUGGGUAAAUUGAGGUAAAGGGGCUGAUACUCCACAAACUGAUUAUGCACACAGGAAAUCUGUGGAGCCCAUUAGACCCCAAGUGUCUUGAAAUGUUUGUAGAAAACCCACUAAAAUGCCCACUUCUCUGGGUGUCAGCCUUUAUUGCUGCUGUCUCAUAGCAUGAGCUGUGGUACACAGAAAUGGGGGUUCUCCUUUUGUUUUCAGUUUAUACCCAAAGGGCGGCUUUUCUCCCAUUGUUCUAUCUUCCUAUUUCCCAAAUCCUCUCAUUUGUCUUUUGCACCAGUUUCUGGAAGCCCUUGUCAUUUCAAAAAGAAAAGUCUCUCUCUCUCUGGCAAACCUGUGGGUGAUUCCACAAAGACACAGUAUUACUUAGCUAUCAGAAUUAUGGUAGAAGAGGUCCCAGUAUGUUCCUGUAAAGCAUUUGGAAGAUGACCUUGUUGCCCUAAGAAACUUGAAAAUAGGGAUUCUGGGGUCAGGAUACAAAGACAUGGACUGUCUUGCAUAUCCAUAGCAGGUCUUCUAGCAUUAUUCCAAACUCUAGCUGUCUUACUAGUUCUGUGAGGACUACAAGUCAUAGGUGUGCUUUCCCUCACCUCCAUUCACAGUUUCUUCCCCCCUAAAAUUUUGACUCAAAGCUUUUAUGAUGUUGGCCAAUCACAGAACUUCUUUAGCUGAGGUUAAAUUGACCCUAUAGUAGAAAUGAGAGGAAUCCAAAAUGGCUCUUAGAAAUUUUAACAUUGGAAAACUUUUCAAUAUGUCCCAUUUUUUUAGACGGGGGUGGCAGGUGUUUUGGUUUUUUAAAAAAUAAAUGGAAGUCAUUUAAGUACAAUAAAAAUUUUAAAGUAGGCCUUUUGACGUUGUGUACUUGAUGGUUCUGUCCCUCUGCCUGUAACAAAUUUCAUUUUCAUUACCAGGAACUGUGUGCAAGAAGUAAAUCUGCCCCAAUUCUGUAUGAUUAGUUCCAUCUGUGUUUGUCAUUUCUGACUGGAAAACUUCUUACUUCCAGAUCUUGUUUGAUAUGGAGGAAAAACAACUGGAUUGUCUGAUAAGUCUGCCAAUAAACUAUCCAGAAACAUCAGGUGUAAUAGCCCCCACUAUCCAAAUUUUAUGGUUUGUAUAAACACUAACAUUUCCCCUUCUGUAGUUGUAUCAAGAAGAAAUAUUGUUGGCAUAGUAGAUAUAUUGUUAUAAAACACCAGAGAGAAAAAAGAAAUCUGUAUCUUUUAUCUGAGAACAGCCAAUACCCAGGUAAAUGACUCUAUUAGGACUUCAAUUGCAUGUUAGUCCGCAGAGUUGUCCAGACCCUAAAUUCGUAAAAGAAAAUUUUGAUUAACUAUUGGUCAUUCUUCAUAAGCGUAGCUGUUGAUAUGUGUGUCAGACUAUUUGCUUUUUAAAAUUUUAUUAAAAUUAUGUAAAACUGCAUUUUUAUUUCCAGGGGAGAAAACAACAUCAAACAAACGAGAGAAACAUCUAAAUUAUCCUUUCAGUUCUUUUUUGUUUUUUAACCACUUUGGGUUUUCCCCUUGCAGAAACCACAGAACUAUUCCCUUAGAAUAAAAUAGUAUAUUUGUAUUUGAUGGGUGAGUUAUUCCUUUUCUUUGUCUUGAACGAAUUUUAAAUAUUUUUUUUUCUGUUUAGCCUUAUUGGUAUGAGCCAACUGAUGGUAUAUUACAAAGAAAGAGCAGAUUUUAGGAAAUAAAUUAUUUGGUGUUUAUUUA